AUGGCUACCCACCGCGCCGAUGAAAAGCGCUUCCUUGACGAACGCGGCAACACUGGUCCUCUUGCCCCCAACGGUCUUAAUCCUGCUACCAUCCUCGAGAAACCUGUGCGCGAACGCAUUGUCGAUUGUUAUUUCUGGAAAGACCAAUGUUUUGCUCUCAAUGAAGCUGAUAUCGUUUCGCGUGUUGUUGCUCACGUAACAUUCAUCGCUGGCACAUAUGGAGAUUCGCAAAGACCUUCGCCAUUUCUAUGUCUUGCUUUUAAGUUACUACAAUUAGGCCCCAGCGACGACAUAUUAAAAGAAUAUAUGGGGUAUGGUGGAGAGAAAUUCAAGUAUCUGAGGGCUUUAGCAUUGUUUUAUUGGAGGAUGACGAGACAGGCAAAAGAUGUGUACACUAUGUUAGAAGGUUAUUUGGAAGAUAGGAGAAAGCUAAGAAGGAAGACAAGGACAGGCACAACGUUGACAUUCAUGGAUCAGUUCGUGGAUGAUUUGUUGACGAAGGAUAGGGUGUGUGGGACGACCUUGUGGAAGAUGCCGAAGAGGGAAAUACUAGAAGACUUAGAGGUGCUGGAGCCGAGGAUCAGUCCACUUGGAGAUAUCGAGGAUCUACUAGAUGAGAGUGAGGGCGAUAUUGAGGUGAUGAAGAAUGGCGCGGAGUCAGAGAGCGCGGACAGUCCAGGGGAGGAAUUUGGAGACGAAGCAGUGGAAGAGGGAGAAAGAAUGGAUGUAGAUCCAUCAGAUAAACCCUCUUCUUCUAAGCAAGAUAGUCUGUAA